CAAUGAGCGGCCGCGCAGCCUGUGCGCUCUGCUCCCCGUCUGCUGCAGGCGUCUGACGGAUUCAACACCCAAACUAUCCACCGGUAUGGCCGCCGUGGAAAUGUCCGCUACCGCCUCCGAAGAAGCUCCCGCGGAUGGUGUAGAGAAGGACUCCCCACCCGAGAAAACAACCGAGGAGGACGGAGGAGCGGCGAAAGGCGAAGACCCAUCCGCACCGGAAGAGAAGGCGGCAGGGCGCACCGCUGAACCCGAGAGCGCACAACCAAAAGCGGAGGCCGGUGAAGAGGAGCCCGCUACCGAGGGAGAGAAGGCCGCAAACGAACCAGCGAAAGACGGCCAAGCACCUGAAGCGAUCACCCCCGCGGAAGAACCUGUGAACACUAAAUCAGAGCCGCAGGAAAUAGAAAACAAUGCGACUGCUAACGAAAACACCGCGAAAGAAGCGAAAGAGGAGCCCGGAGAGGAGAACCGGUGCGAGGAGGUGAUGGACUGCGAGAAGAGCAAAGGGGAGGACGGGGAGAAAUCCAGCAGCGCAGGCGGGGAGAUCGGUGACAAGAGGCGGCCAAGUGUCGAGAUCUCAUCCUCGGACGGAGAACCACUGAGCCGUAUGGACUCCGAGGACAGUAUUAGCAGUACUCUGAUGGAGAUGGAGAGCACAGUGUCCAGCGGGCGCUCCACUCCGGCCAUGAUGAACGGCCAGGGCAGCGCUGGUUCGUCCGGGCCUAAGAACGUGGCGUACCCGUGCUGCUGGGACCUGUGCCCGCAGUACUUCAACUCCAGCCCUGACCUGGCCGAGCACAUCCGGGGCAUUCACGUAGACGGGCAAAGAGGAGGGGUGUUUGUGUGUCUGUGGAAAGGCUGUAAAGUCUAUAACACACCCUCCACAAGUCAGAGCUGGCUCCAGAGACACAUGCUAACCCACAGCGGUGAUAAACCCUUCAAGUGUGUGGUAGGAGGCUGCAAUGCCAGCUUUGCAUCCCAAGGAGGAUUAGCUCGACAUGUCCCGAGUCACUUCAGCCAACAGAGCUCUUCCAAACUGUCCAGUCAGGCCAAACUCAAAGAGGAGUCGCCUUCAAAAGCAGGCCUCAACAAGAGGAAGAAACUCAAGAACAAACGCCGCUGCUCUCUACGUAACUCGUCCCAUGACUUCUUUGACGCCCAAACGAUGGACGCAAUCCGCCACAGAGCCAUCUGUCUCAACCUGGCAACCCACAUCGAGAGUGUGGGCAACGGCCACAGUGUGGUCUUCCACAGCACAGUGCUGGCCAAGAGGAAAGAGGGGUCUGGGAAAGUGAAGGUGCUACUGCAUUGGACUCCAGAAGACAUAUUACCUGACGUUUGGGUGAAUGAGACGGAGCGGACUCAGCUGAAGACUAAAGUGGUGCACUUAUCCCAGUUACCGCAGGACACAGCCAUGCAGCUAGACCCCAACAUUUACAGAGCUCUUCCACAAAAGCGACUGAAGCGUAGCCUGUGAAGAGUCAUCAUGCGCUCUACUUUAAGGGGAAAUCCUUUUACACUUCUUAUCUGUUUGAGAACGGGACACUGCUCUUCUGUCUGUUGCCAAACUGAGAAGUGGCGAUAAAAAACUGACGGAUCUUGGCCGCGUAAGACUUUUCAUUUGUGUUAAUCUCACAUUUCUGACGUUGCCAAGUGCUGUGGAACGGACUCAAGCAAAAACACAGAUCACACUUUUAACAGGCACUGAGAAUAUUCUUUGGUGUAAAAACGGUUUUACCUGUACUGGGAACAUGCAUUUUAUAACUGUUUUUGUAAAAAGUAUUCAUGCAGAUUUGUAACUUAUUUUUAUACCGUAAUAAUACUGAUGUACUGUGGGAUUUUUGUGAAUGUUUUGGAUAAGAAAACUUUUGCUGUGAUAAUCUAUACAACUGUAACUUGUGGGGAAUACAUGGGCAUAGUUCUAAUCAUGGUAGUCCACAAUCCUACUAGGCCUGUCACGAUAACAGGAAUAUUUAAGAUAAUUUAUGCCACUGACACAAUAACCCAAGAGCAGAUUUAAACCAUAAAAACGAUUUUAAAUGUACAAAAUCGUUCAGAAAUAUUGAACUGCUAACUUUAGUACUUAGUUUUGCAUCUGUAAUCAGCCAUAAUUCCAUUUUUUAUGAUUAAAUCUUAUGGUAUAGUCAAAAAAUAACACAAAAUUCUCCAGUAGUGCAAAGAAAAUGUACACACGAUAAAUACUGACCCCCAAAAAUAUAGUUCCAGCUUUCAUAUACUGAACAUUAAGUCGAUAUAGUAAUUAUCGUGAUAGGCCUAAAUCCUACUUCUACUUCCGAAAUGCAGUCUGUUUGAUGGUGACUUGAGGUUACAGUAGUGACGUGUACAAUGCAAUACACAAUACUGCCGUAGCAAUAACUGACUUUGUAUCUUAUCUGUAGCUGCUUAUCUUAGUUUUUUUAAAGGAGACAUAUUGCGCAAACUUUUCAAAUCUUAAAGCUGUUAACCUUGCCAUAAUUGUUUUCUCGUUUACUCACUCAAAUUUGUAUUUAGAGUGAUUUGUGCAUGUUCAUUCCCAUUCAUGCUAUCAAGACGCCAUUGCUAAGAAAAUCCAUGUUUUCAUCUUCCCCUCAUACACACCCACUGCUCUGUACUUAGAAUGUUUAUUUUUUUAAUUCAUGAUACACGUACGAUUCAGCAACACUUACAAUUUUAGCAAAAAAAACAAAAAAAAAACAAUUAAAAAUCUGCUUGUAACUACGGGAGGCAUUAGCAUGGUCCAGCAGCAUUUUGUUGUGAUGACAUAUACAGUGAAGUUUAUUAGGACAUGUUAAAUCUAUGGUAGUUUUAAUCAUUGAUCAGUGGUGGAUGAAUUACUCAUUAUUGUUGCUUCUGUAAAAAUACAGAUACUGAGGAAAAAGUUACACUAUUAAAAGUAUCAUUUGAAUAAACAUCUUGGGUAAAAGUAUUGAAAUACCUGUUUAAAAAUGUACUAUAAGAGUAAAAACUAAAAGUAUUUAACUCAAAUGCAGUGAAAACGAAGUGACUGGUUAACAAGUGAUACAUAUUUUGGUUAACCAUAGCAAUACAAAUCAAUACAAUUUCUUAUUUUUUUUUGUCUAUUUAUUUUGCUUGCUCAAAGUUGAAGCUUGAAGUCAAAAACUUUAGUCAGGAUGUUACCACAAACAUGGUAAACAUAUACGAAGUACAUAUUUGAAAAAUGUACAUGUAGUGGAGUAGAAAGGACAGAUACCUGCUUUUAUAUAUCGUGAAGUAAAGGUAAAAAAAAAUAUCCUCUUUAAAAUGUACUUAAGUUCUACUUAACAAAGUACAAGUAGUAAUACUGUACUUAUCUUCCACCACUGAUAUUGAUUCACGGGUAAGGGCAGUAUAAAUUCUUGCUUCUCAGAGCAGUAGCUUCAGAUUUUAAAAGCAUUGUCCAAAUGACUACCUCCGAAACCUUUUGUACCAUCCACUGGCGUCAUAGAUUAUAACUCUAUGUGACAAAAGCAUAAUAUGUCUUCUUUAACUUUGCAGACAAACUAAGGGCACAUACUACUUUUAAUCUUAUUUCUGAUCUCCACAAAUGCUACAGAUAUGGUUUUAACACUUUAAGCCUCUCUUAACAUCUGAAUCCAUUUUCUAUAUCCUUCCUUUUUGCUAGUUUGGAGACAAACUAAAAUGUUAGUUGCACCUUACAUGGCAGCUCAUGUUGCAAAUCCAGAUUAAGACUAAGUAUAAACUAGAACGUUGUAGAUACAUUUUUAAGAAAGAAUAUUAUUAGAUAAAGCAGUGGUUAGUUUUGAAUGUAACUAAAGCUAAAAUCUCACCAAACUCAUUUCAAAGUCUUUAAAACAGUGUUAAUUCUGCCACCCCCUCUCUGAUAUAUUUAAGCACUUAGUGAUUUGUUCUUUGAUGUGUUUCCUACUGUAUGUGGUCGCUGUUGGAAGUGUUUUGUAAUAAAAUGGGGAAAAUGAAAA